AUAUAAAAACCGCGCGCGUUUUGUUGCAAUCCCGUCAGCCUCCACAACGCUCUUCGUUCAGCAUGGCGACGAAGUACAACAUCGGAGACCCUGUGUGGGCGAAAAUGAAAGGCUUUUCUCCGUGGCCAGGAAAGGUGGCUAAUCCAACGAAGGAGGUGAAACGGCCGGCACUAAAAAAGCCAAUGCAUUGCAUCUUCUUUUUUGGAACCAACAACUAUGCAUGGAUCCAGGAAGACCAGAUCAAGCCAUAUGAAGCCAGCAAGGAGCAGUUUUCAAAGUCCAGCAAGACAGCCAGCUUUAAGGAAGCAUUGGAGGCCAUCGAGGAUUAUGUCAAGAACCUUCCAGAGCAACCGCUCAGAAGCUCUGAUCUGCCCAGCAUUGAUGAGGAGAUUUCCACAAUAUUCCCUAAUGGUUCUGUGAGCCCCAUAGCGAACACACCAACCAAGGGCCCACCACCUGCAAGAGUGACUGCCUCUGAAGACGAGGUUGAAGAGGCACCAGCAACCCCUGCUGUGACACCAGUCAAGACGCCCAAGACGCCAAAGGAACCAGCGACAACUGACAAAGAGCCAAAGCGGAGAAAAAGAGAGUCGCAGGACCAGUCACAUCGGGCAUCCAAGCGAACCUCUUCUGAGAGCAGCAGUACAAGCUCGGCACCCACGAAAAGAAACAAGGCAGCUGCGGCUGAAAAGACUUCUUCGGUGGCAGCUGCAACACCAAAUAACAAUGCAGCUGGCCUCAACAGUGUGUCAAAUGCCACUUCAUCAUCCAAGUCCAGCUCCAACCUUCUCAGGCAGUCUUAUGUCACAAGGCCCGUGACACCACCCCUGGAUGUGGAGAGGAUAUCGGAUGUCUUGCGGUCGAAACAUGUCAGCCCAUCGCCCCUCAAGUUUGGGUUUCUGGGAUUGGGCAACAUGGGCCAGGGCAUGGUCAAGAACCUCCUCAACUCGGGUCACCACAUCACUGUAUGGAACAGGACACCCUCCAAGUGCCGAGACUUUGUAAAGGCGGGUGCUUACAAGGGUUUAACUCCUGCUGAUGUCGUCGCAGCAUCGGACAUCACAUUCUGCUGUGUCUCCAAUUCUCACGCAGCCAAGGAGAUGGUGUUCGGAAACUGUGGUGUUUUGCAAGAGAUUAAAGACAACAAGGGCUACGUGGAGAUGACAUCCAUAGACCCUGACACAUCGCAGGACAUAUCAGAGGCUAUCAUGCUCAGAGGUGGGCGGUACUUGGAAGCACCUGUGUCGGGCUCAAAAAAGCCUGCUGAGGAUGGCACUCUCAUCAUCCUGGCUGCCGGUGACCGGUCACUCUUCAAUGACUGUGCCACCUGUUUCGAGGCUAUUGGCAGGCAUGCAUUCUACUUGGGGGAGGUUGGCAAUGGCUCCAAGAUGAGCCUCAUCCUGAACAUGCUGCUGGGGACGACAUUAGCUGGUCUGGCAGAAGCAAUGGCACUCUGCGACCGAGCUGAGCUUUCCCAGAAGGACCUACUCGAGAUACUGGAACUGGGCGACCUCAACUCUGCAAUCAUCAGUCAGAAAGGCCAAGCCAUUAUUGAAGGCACCUUUGCAACCAACAUGCCCCUGCAGCACCUUCAAAAGGACCUCCGUCUUGCCAUUGGCAUUGGUGACCAUUUGGAACAGCCUUUACCAGUCACAGCGGCAGCAAAUGAGGUGUUCAAGCAUGCCAAAAAGCAUGGCUACGCAGAACACGAUGCCUCAGCAGUGUACAUCCGAACUCGUCUCUGAAACCACCGGGAGGCUGCCAACCAAGGAGAGAGACAAGGGCGAGGAGUGCAAGACGCGCACACAGCUGCACGUGCUACCAGAGCAAAAGCCCAGAGCCACAAUUCACAACAUAGGGGGAGGGAUGCAGGGCCAUCCCGUUUGCCGGCUCUUCCGGCCCACAAAAUAGGGGCUGGCAUCUGCAAUGUGUUGGAGCCAGCACUGGUUAGGAAGUGGUGCCUUUUUAUCGGCGAUCUUUGUGCUUGCAAUUAUUUUGCGUUGUUAAAGCUGGGAUGCUUAGUUGACUGUUGAGCUUCAGUACAGCAUUUUUAGGAGGGAGUGUGAGACAGUGAACUGCUCCACGCGGCACAAGCAUGGGUAACUGGUUGAAGAAAGUGGAGCUCACAUUGCUUUUAAAAGCAGUUGCAGCCGUGGCAAGCAGAGCCCUGUGUGCUGUAAUUUGCCCAUCCCAUGGAGCAUUGUGUGCAUGCGCGCUUCCAUUUCUUGAGAGGCUAGGCUAGUUGAUCGAGCAGGUACCUUCUUGAUUUACAAUGCACCAGUUUUAUGCUGUUAUGUUGUUAAAUUUCAAGUUCGCUAAUGAAAUAUGCGCUUCAGAGACCAUUAUGUGUUUUUCCCCCAUUGUUUUUGUUAUUCUUCAUACACUGGUUGCAACAUUUUAAUCGUACUCUACAGUAAUCAGUCCCGACUACUCAUUGGCCUUAUGCUGAAGUCUCGGUGCAGCGUGAUUUUAAUAAUUGUGUGGCAACUGUUGCAUUUUAUGUUCUCGUGUUAAGUAGUGUGUGUUGAAUCUAUUAUUGUUCAAGGUGAUAAUGAUGCUAAAAUCGUGGUGUUUACCAUGCAUUGACUUUUCUUUUUUUCCUGAGCAAGAGCAACAGAAUAAUGCACUUAGAAGGCUAUCCUUCAUAUGUCGCAAGGCACAAACAAAGGGCAGUGUCGUGAUUGAAUGUGCUGCCUUUUUAAGGCCAGUGCAUUGCAUGCCUGUUCCUGCUAAAGAGUACAAGAUCUCCCUCAUCCCUCUCUUUUUCAUUGCAUUAUAAAGGAUGGCCAGACAUUGUCAGCUGUUAGUGUGGACCACGCUGUUUAUCGUGUGACAACUCUGUCCCGUAGGUUGAGAAGUGGGCGACAGACCCAGCCCCAUAUGCAAGUCAGCAUGGCCCACUUUCGCGCUCUGGGCUGCACUGUGUGCCGAGUUGUCCUCCUCCUGCUGUUGUUAUACACAUUAACUACAACAUCCCCAUUCCAUUGGAAAGUGUCACCAUGUCAUAUACACAGAAGAAUAAAACUAUCAUCUUCACUUUAUUUUAACCUGA